AUGGAGGGCUGGCAGGGAGUGCUGCUGCUCUGUGCGCUAACUUUCAGGCUUUCCUCCGGAGAGGCGACAAGAAACGACGACGGCCUCGACCUGGUCGGCUUCCUGAGGAACGUCUUCCAGGGGCUGCUGGUCAGAGACCGGCCAGACUUCCAGAUGAACUCUCCCAGGGAGCUGAGGGGCCACGAGGGGCCCGCAGUCACUGUGCCGACCAAGGACGAAGCGGUCCGCCGGGACGCCGGAGGGACCCCCGGACCGGAGGUGCUGACCAAAGACGGGCGGGUCAGGGGGGUUCGGGUGGAGAAGGCCCACGUCUUCUACGGCGUUCGCUACGCAGACCCUCCCGUCGGGGCCUAUCGCUGGAAACCCCCCAGGCCCGUGAGUCCGUGGCCCGGAGUGUACGACGCCUCGUUCCCCCGGGCGGCGUGCAUGCAGGUCUGCAGCGGCCCGGUCGCAGAGUGCCCCCGCGCCGUCAGCGAGGACUGCCUCUACCUCAACAUCUUCGUCCCUCUGGACGUGAACUUUGACCCCCCCGUGCGCACCCUGCUGCCGGUGAUGGUGUGGAUCCACGGCGGGGAUUUCAUCGCCGGCUCCGCCUCCAAGCCGCUGUACGACGGACGCUUCAUCAGCAACUUCACCAACACGGUGGUGGUGAGCCUGGAGUACCGGCUGGGCGCCUUCGGCUUCCUGCUGUCGGGUAAAGACCCCCACGCCUCGGCGCUGGGCAACUACGGGCUGCAGGACCAGCAGGCGGCUCUGCUGUGGGUCCAGCAGAACAUCGCCGCGUUCGGCGGCGACCCCAGCAAGGUGACGAUAUUUGGCGAGAGCGCCGGGGCCCAGUCGGUGAGCCUCCACCUGAUGAUCCAGAGCAGUAAGCCGCUGUUCCAGCAGGCCGUCCUGCAGAGCCUCCCCUUCUCCAUCCCUCUGAAGACCAGACACGACGCCCUGCGGCUGGGGAAGGAGUUCGCCAAGCAGACCAACUGCUCGGUGAGCGACGUGGUCUGCCUGCUGUCUCUGGCUCCGCAGGCCGUCCUGGACGCCCAGAUGAAAACAAGCUCCAGGCUCGUGAACCCCUUCCGCUUCCUGGAGGUGUUUGAGACCUGGGGUCCGUACAUUGACGGGGAUCUGAUCAAAGAGCAGGCCGUCACCGCCUUCCUGAAGGGCCACUGGCAGAAGGAGAAGCUCGUCCUGCUGGGUACCACGUCAGAGGAAGGGGUGCUCUUUGUUUACGGGGUCUUCAAGAAGCCGGUGUCGGCGGUGGAGUCCACGGUGUACAUCACGGCCAUCUUCAAGCAGCACGCCCUGCGGAUCCUGCACAAGUACCUGCCGCUGUACCGGGACGCCGACCGCAGGGGCAUGCUGGCUCAGAUCGUCACAGACUACAUCUUCCUGUGUCCGUCCCGGAGGGCGGCGCGAGCCGGCACGGCGGCGGGCAGCGGGGUGUGGAUGUACGUGUUCGACCACGUGCCGGCGGACCGCCGCGUCUGGUCGGGCCUCACCUUCUGCUACCAGCACGCCUGCCACGGCGCCGAGCUGCCCUUCCUCUUCAACUCCGCCUCGGUGGCCAACUUCACCUUCUCGCCGCCGGAGAAGCUGCUGUCCAAUCGGAUGCUGUGCUACUGGGGCGCCUUCGCCCACGCCGGGAACCCGUCCUCCAGGGCGCAGCAGACGGCGUUCUGCCGGGAGCAGCGCCUGCCGCCGUGGCCGCGCUACGCCGACACCAGCGGCUGGCUGCUCAUGAACCUGACCGUGCAUUCCCACGCUCAGGCGGGAACCAGGAACCAGAUCUGUGACUUCUGGGACAAACUGGGCAUCUACGGGUAGCUCGGUCUGAAGAAACCCGGCAUCGAUCGAUCAUCUCCCAGUGAAGAAGUGCUAAUCACCCAGUCAGCUAGUAAACAGGCUGAAUCAAGGAAAUACUGAGCAGAUAAUCUGGAUUUAUGAAACAUAAACAUGCUAACAAGCAGAAUUAUAGCCGCAGUAAGCAAAAAUAACAUGACUGAAUUAUCAAUACAUUGAUGAGGCGACCAUAAACUCUGCGGACUAGAAGGAAUCGGAGUUGU